UCUUUAUCCCCUGUGAACGUGAUUCCUCCCUCACACCCGCCAAAACCUUUUCCCCUUCUUAUUCACUCCCAACAAACCGACAGAUUCACAUCUUCUCCAACUGUUUCUGCAACCUCAUCUUCUCAAAACCCCAGAUCUGAUUGAUUCCACAUUUCAACUUAUCAUCAUCAUCUGAUUCUGAUGGCUAAUCGUCACGAUCCCAAUCCAUUCGAUGAAGAAGAAAUCAAUCCUUUUGCGAAUCAAGGGAACGGAUUCGGUCAAUCAAACUAUGGUGGGGGCGCAUUUUAUAUGCCGGCUCAUGGCAGUGUUCCUCCUGCAACAUCAAGACUAUCACCGCUUCCCCCAGAACCUGCUGGCUAUGACCGUGGUGCAACAAUCGAUAUCCCUCUUGACGAUUUCAGAACCAAAGAGAAAGAACUCAAAGCUAAAGAGGCUGAACUCAAAAGGAGGGAACAGGAACUGAAGAGGAAAGAGGAUGCUAUUGCACGAUCUGGGAUUGUUCUUGAGGAAAAAAAUUGGCCUGCAUUUUUCCCUAUUAUACACCAUGACAUUACAAAUGAAAUCCCUAUUCAUCUACAGAAAAUACAAUAUGUUGCAUUCACAACCUUUCUAGGUAUUGUUGUGUGCCUUGUUUGGAAUCUUGUAGCAGUGACCACUGCUUGGAUAAAAGGAGAAGGCCCGACAAUUUGGUUUCUUGCGGUUAUUUAUUUAAUAUCAGGAGUCCCAGGUGCUUAUGUCAUGUGGUAUCGCCCUUUAUAUCGCGCUAUGAGAACUGAUAGUGCUCUGAAGUUUGGAUGGUUUUUCUUGGCUUACAUGUUUCACAUCGCGUUUUGUGUGUUUGCCGCUGUUGCUCCCCCGAUUAUCUUCAAGGGAAAAUCUCUCACUGGAAUUUUACCCGCUCUUGAUGUGUUAACUUCCAAUGCUUUUGUUGGGAUCUUCUACUUCAUUGGAUUUGCAUUCUUUGCUCUUGAAUCAGUGAUGAGCAUUUGGGUUAUUCAGCAAGUUUACAUGUAUUUUCGGGGCAGCGGGAAGGCUGCAGAGAUGAAACACGAGGCUGCAAAAUCGACUGUGAUGUCAGCAUUCUGACGUGGCAUUAAUGGAUAUUGUAAACGAUACGUCAUCAAGAGGGCUUAAACUAGGUACAGAGCGCGGCUUUUUUUCAUGAUUCUUUUUGCACAAUAGGAACAAUGACUGCUUCAUUUGAUAGUAAAUUUCAGUGUCAUGGAAUAUAAUAGGAAUUUGAGUCAACAGUAUUUUGUUUUUGUUUGAAACCUAUAAUGUAAUACUGAUGUAAUAUUUUAUGUUUUUUAAGUAAAAACGAAAUAAAGAUUUGAAUUAUAUUUGGUAAA